CUUUGAUGUUUAUGGUAUUGCAAGCAUUACCAUCUUGUUGUUAUUGUUGGAUUUCUCAGACAUCGACGAAUGCAGCGCCUCUAUUGAUAUAUGUGGUGCCAAUGCUGUCUGUGAAAAUACUCCAGGGUCCUACUGGUGUCAGUGUAAAGCUGGUUUUACUGGAAAUGGAUGCACUGAACCACUGGUGACAGUUACAAGCACCUGUGCCAAUUUAUUGCUAGAACAAACUAGCUCAAGUGGAAUAAUUUUAUCAACCAAUAACAGUGACUAUGACUACAACUACAAUGCCAACUACUAUUAUGACAAUGAUAUGGAUUGUCAGUGGAAUUUAACUUCAAGUACACAGGUGGAACUUACUUUCUUUACAUUCAACACUGAACUGGAUGCGGAUUACUUGUAUGUGUAUGAUGGUGGUUCGUCUUCAUCUCCUCUGAUUGGCCCUUUUAGUGGUACAUCUUUGCCUUCCCCUAUAACAAGCUCAUCAAACAAACUUCAUAUCAGAUUUACAUCUAAUGCUUCAGUAAGACGCCGUGGGUUUAGAGCAAGUUACAGAGGUGUUACCAAUGGCACCAUUCGUCUCAUGGAUAGUGACACGCCAUUGACUGGUAGGGUGGAAAUAUUUCACAGCAACCAAUGGGGCACAAUAUGUAGUGAUGGUUGGGAUAUUAAUGAUGCAGACAUAGUAUGCAAGCAACUGGGUUUCCCACAGGCUACCCAGGCAUAUGGAGGUGCUUCUUAUGGUGAAGGAACUGGACCCAUAUGGAUGGCUGGUGUAGCAUGCACAGGGAGCGAAUCUUUUCUUGAUGAAUGCAGUCAUGAUGGAUGGGGAAACAAUAACUGCACUCAUAGCAAUGAUGCAAGUGUCCAGUGUUCUUAUGGGAUGUCUUCCGUUCGCUUAGUUGAUGGAGGGGCUAGCCAUGGCCGUGUUGAGGUUUACUACAAUGAGACUUGGGGUACAGUUUGUGAUGAUUACUGGCACAUUAGCGAUCCCAGUGUGCUUUGCCGUCAGCUUGGGUACUCUGGCGCCUUAUCAGCUCCUUGCUGUGCAGCAUAUGGUGAGGGUUCUGAUCGUAUCUGGCUAGAUAAUGUUCGGUGUCAGGGAGGAGAGGCCUCCUUGCUUGACUGUCCACAUAACGAUUGGGGAUCGAACAACUGUGGGCAUGAGGAAGAUGCAAGUAUUGUGUGUUACAAAUAGCUGACCAGUUAACAAUGUUCCAGUUACCAACUAGGCCUUAAUCUGUGCCAAAAAGAGACCAACUUCUGAUUGAUAAUACAAGAUAUAUCAUUAAUUAUUUACAAUAUGCAAUUAAUACUUGUCAAGAAAAUAACAACUUUAGUUACAUGUACACUCACAAGGUGAGGCCUUCAGUGAACAUGCAAUUAACCAUUUAUAUAGAUAUUACCAGCUUGUAAAAAUGUUUUACAUACACAUAAAUAUAUCAUAUCUACUAAUUAAUCCCGAUAUAUUUCAUCUACAUGUACAUUUCUAGAAUACAAGAUUGGGCCCUUAGUUUAGAAUUUUCUUCCUUGUUAACUUGUUUAAUGUCUUGUAAAUUGUCUCUAAUAUACCAGUUUGACUCUUUUAGUAUUGUUGACACACCCCAACAUAGGUUUAAUUCUAUUUAUUAUAAUUAUCACAACGAUCUCUAAAAUUAUAAAGCCAUGCAGUCAUAUACUGUUGUUUUCUUUCAUACUGUUUUAAAUUUUCCAACUUACUGAGUUUGGUUUUGUAGCUUUAAUAAUAAUUAUAACUACUUUACUGCAAAGUUUAAUACCAACAUAAAUGCCCGUAGCUGUAAAAUAUGUAAUUACAAAAUUUUCAGUAAAGAAAUUGUUCAGUAGAUAAUAAUAAUACUUUGGUAUAUGAAGUUAGUAUCGUAAGUUACAUUAUGAUAUAUGCAACUGUGACACUUUUUGUGUUUGUCGGCUUUCUAUAUAUACUAGUGAGUCAAUCUUUGUUUGUUUCUUGAUUAUUCCAAUGCCGAUAAAGGAGAUGUUGUUGUCAACAGGAAGCUCCAUCGUAAAAGACGGGGAAGGUGGGGUGGAAGCUAUUAAGAGUAGUGGGAAAAUAAACUGCAGCGUCAUUGCUGGGCAUUCUAGCCAAGGUAUCAUCAACAUAUCUCUUGUAUAAUGUGGGCAUCACACGAUCGCGAGUAAGCUUGUCUUCAAGAUCUCAGAGGAAGACAUUGGCCAUUAGAGGGCCAAGGAGUGAACCCAUAGCCACACCAUCAAUUUGUUCAUACAGCUGGCCUUUGAAAAGCAAAAGCUGGUUAGUAGUGGCGAUCUUAAGGAGUUUUGUGAGUUGACACUUGCUUGCUUCUGUUGCAUGCAUUGAAAUCCAGAGUGUUUGCCCUUAGGACAAAUUUUAUGAGAUGGCCUGUAACAACGAUCAAUUUUUUUUUUGGACUUUCUUCUUACCAUGUGUGCUUGAAAAACUUUUCAAUGUGUAAUUUCAUAUAUUACCAAGGGAUAUGUGGGUCGUGUUGGCUCCUGAAUGUAUGUGUUUGAGAGUGCCCUCUUCUCACAGAUAACUUCAGUUCAGUUCUGCAGCAUACACUAUCCUAGGAUUAAGGAUAAGUCUGAGAUGCUGACUCCUGAUGUACAUGUUUGUGGAGAUGCAUGUUUAAUCAGUUGAGUCCUGCAGCAUUCAAUGUCCUAAGACAAUGAUUGAGUCAUUUGUACUUACUACCCAAGAGCCUGCGUUGUCACCUUUUUAUCUGAAUUUUGAUGAAAUUUUAUUUGGUGUUGUAUGGGGAUACAAAACCUAACAUCUUUGCUUUAGUUGUCGGCGUUUUUUUCUGAUGAUGGUAAUUUGAUUUCAGUGAGGGAAGGAAACUUUCCUACUGAAACUGAAACUUUUAUGAGGGUGACAUACUACUAGUCCAUUCAAGGAUUUUCACCAAAGACAACAGGCUAUAAUAUCCUCUGGGUGAAGAGGAAGGGACUAGGAAACCAAAAAUUCUAAAUACAAAAACCCACAUUGGUUUGACCUUGACCUUUACCAUUUGUUAUUAAGUCAUUUGUUCCUUUCCUCAGAUGGUUUGUUUUUUUGACACUUAAUUUACUUCUUGACAUGGAGGUGUUUAUACACAUUGAUCAAUGAUGAAUGAAAAUUGUGUAAUUGUUAGCUCGCAAUGAUAAAUGAUUGAUGUACAUGUAGAAAUGAGUGUUUUACUGGAAAUUCACCACUUGUAAAAUUCAUACGGAACUACAUCCGAGACAUCUCACCCGUGAGAUAUCGAAUUCAACACUGGAAGAGAUAUUUCACAGCUCGUACACAUGCCCAUGUAUUGUCCUCUCUACAUUCCCUGGUUAUGGUGUUGAUCCAAGAAGCAUUUUAAAGGGUAAAAAGCUUUCCCAUGGAGGAGCCUUUGACAUGACAAACAUACAAAUUGCGAUAUUGUAAUCGGAAAGAAUAACCUUCUGGCUAAACCUUUCUUUAUUCAGUGUCCUUAGAUAGAGAAAAUGUGUUGCAAACACGGUUUGUAAGCCUGAAAGUCAUCUUUAAAUCUGACAAGCUUAUUUCCGCUAGGGACUGCUGCUUAUCCUAGAGUGUUUAUUUCGUUUUUCCAUUAGAGACUUUUAGCUACAACAUAAGUCACCUUAACAUUCUCUUAUCACCAGACCUUGUCUCUUUUUGCCUUCUCCACCUCCCCCUUCUUCGAAUUAAUAGUCUGGAUAAAUAUCUCCUCGAUUUUAGGAAAUUUUCUGAAUGAGAUUGAGCUGCUCGUUGUUUUAGAGGUCUUAAUUUUCGAGUAUCCACAGAAAAGUGCCCAUGCAAUACUUUACAGAAUGGACAAAGUUUUGUGAUUGUUUCUACUUUCCAUAGACAGGGAGAAUAGUUAAUAAGGCCGAGUAUAUCUCUGGCUCAAGUCCCGUCAUGAUAACGUGCUCGAGUUGUUUUUCUAGAUCAAGCUUGUACUGCCUCCUACCCCUCGAGAUACAUUACACUUGUUUUUUGUUAUGAUAUUUAAUUUCUUGGUCCCACUAACUUUUGUCCUACCCUUACCAACGAUAGGGAUCAAGCCUAAUUUUCUUCAUGCCUGUGGUUGGACCGCAAUCACUGAUUAACCAUUUGUUUACUGACCUAUACUGGUAAUGGAUCUCCGAACAACUUUUACACACUAAGGCCCCAUUCUCCCUAUACUUCAGAAAUUUAAAAAGGGCAUUUGCACUUCAAAAAUGCAUCAGACGUUUUGAAAACGCAACAAUCAAUGGCCGCAGAAAACCUUGAGUGCACCCUUGAGAUUUAGGGCUAAACGCAUGCGUCAUCGUUUCCUAAAACCCCUGUCGUCAAAAUAUUUUCCUUCUACACUA